AUGGAGCGCCAUUCGACGUGCACCUUGAACGUCCAGGGUGGAGGUAGACCAGCUCAAGAACCCCGCGGUCAUGGAUCCCCAGUCAAGCUUCGCGACUCUCGUGUUUGCACAUCUCCAACUUCACGCGCAACAGUGGUACAAAAUCGAGAACGGCUGGAGCGCACGAUCGUCGCAGUUUAUCAGAUUCAAGCCUAUCUAAGCAUGUUCCGCGCGACUUAUUCCGCUCCUUCCUCCUACAAAUGGGCGCUCUCUGGUAUAUGCACGAGCUGGCUUGAGCUACACGGAACGUUCAGCGCGCCUUCCCUGCUUGAACGUCACACUUCCGCAAGGUACUAUUUAUGCUCGCUGCUCAAGGACAACACGCGCCGUCCCACUCUGGCUGACAGCGGAGACGGCAAGCCCGCGGAGGUACGGAGUAAGAAGCUCUUCGUCAGGAGAAGAGAGCACAUUGGAUAA